AUGGUGAGCCGCUCGGCCCAGCUGCCCAACGCCCACUUCCGCAAGGACUGGCAGCGCUUCGUCCGCACCUGGUUCGACCAGCCCGCGCGCAAGCAGCGCCGCAGACUCCAGCGACAAAAAAAAGCUGCCAAACUCGGAGUCCGACCGUUGGGCCUGCUGCGGCCAGCUGUGCGCUGCCCCACGCAGAAGUACAACAUCAAGCUGAGGGAAGGGCGCGGCUUCACCCUGGAGGAGCUGAAGGCCGUGGGCAUUUCCCCCCGAGUGGCCUUGUCCAUUGGCAUUGCUGUGGACCACCGCCGCCGCAACAGAAGCCAAGAGUCUCUUAACACAAAUGUGAAUCGCCUCAAACUCUACCUCAGCAAACUGGUUCUCUUCCAGCGCGGGUCUAAGGCGAAGAAGGGUUUGGCUGGCGUGCCUGCGGACACCCCCAAGUCGCAAAUUCAAAACGUGAAACAGGCGAAAAUUGCGGAUUCGCUGCCGAUCGAGCGGCCCCGGAAGAAGAUCCGCGCCAGGGUGAUAACGGAGGAAGAGAGGAAGUUCCGCGCCUAUGCCACUCUCAGGAAGCAGCUCAGAGACGCGAAGAACGUUGGCAAGCACGCCAAGAAGCUCGCAGAGGAAGCAGAGGCAGCAAACAAGGGCCCCCUGAACCCCACAGUGACUGCACUGGCUGAGGCCUUGACAAGAAACCAGCAAGAGUUGGAGAAGUUAAAUGCAAGUCUGAGGGAGCGAAUUUCGCUUUCUAGGGGCCCCCAGGGGGGCCCCCAGGGGGGCCCCCAGGGGGGCCCCCAGGGGGGCCCCCAGGGGGGCCCCCAGGGGGGCCCCCGGGGAGCCAAGAGGGGGCCCCCCGAAGAGGGGCCCCCCAGCAGAGGCCUUUCUCCGGGGGCCCCCCGCAGGCCCCUGGGGGCCCCCUCUGUGCGCGCGAGGGCCAGCAGCAGGGGGGCCCCCCAGGGACCUGGAGGGGGGCCCCCGCAGUCCCGGGGGCCCCUCAAGGGGCCCCCCGGGAGGCACUCUCUGGGGGCCCCCCAGGGGGGCCCCCAGGGGGGCCCCCUGGGGGGCCCCCAAGAUGAAAUAACGGAAGAAGAGAAGAUUCGGUUUAUGUUGGCUCUUGAAGAAGUGGAGAGGCAAUUUGGGGAGAGGCUGGAGCAGUGCGUGUCAGUAAUGCCCCAAGAGCUGUCCAAAAAGGUGGCGGAGGCGGGGCCCCUCGAGGAGAAGCUGCAGCAGCUGCGCGCUGCUUUGCUGCAGCUAACAAGAGAGGCCAGAGAGACGGGACUUUCUGCUGCUGACAGAGAGGAGCUCCGGGCGCUCAAGGCCCACAGAAAGCGAGAAGCAAAUCUGCAGGCCGCCCUCACAGAUGCCCGGGCCAAACUAACUGCCACAAAAGAACAAGUCUCCCGCCUGCGGCGGCUGCUGCUGCCGCUGCAGCACAGCAUUGGGGCUUAUGUUGCGCUGCAGCGGGGGGGCCCCUCCGCAGGGGGGGCCCCCCUAGAGGGUACAGGGGGCCCCAGUGGGGCCCCCUACGUCCCCUACCGCCCCGCAGUGCCCGCCAUAGAGGGCCUCGGGGGGCCCCCUGACUUAGAGGGGCCCCUGCAGCUCUUUGAGGGUUUAGAGAGGGGGGCCCCCCUAGCUUCCCUCUCCAGCCCGUGCACCCCAAGACCCUCCCCGUGUUUCGGGAAGAAGUCGGCUGCGAAGCCUCCGGAAAAGAAGGAAGAGGCCGCCGAGAAGCCGGAGAGUCCCGUUGAACCCCCCGCAGAAGACGCAGGAGAAGAGGCGGAGCAGCCAGCAGAAGCCGAAGCCCCACAAGACCCAGAGGAAGGGGGGGCCCCGGGGGCCCCCCAGGACGAGGAGGAAGAGGCCCCUCCAGACCUGGAGGAAGAGGCCCCUCCAGACCUGGAGGAAGAGGCCCCUCAGGACCUGGAGGCGCUUCGGCGGGAAGUGUCGGAGCUGAAGAGGGAAAGAGAAGAACUGCAGCAAAAAGUUGAAGAGGCUGAGCGCAAAGCAGCAGAACUUGAAGACCAGCUGCGCCGCCUGCCGAGCCAAACCCGGCAGCAGCUCCAGGAGGCGCCCUCGGGCCUCACUGAGCGCCCUUCGGAGCUGCAGCAGGCCUCUGGCUCGCCCCGGGCCCUCAGCAGCAGCGAGGGGCCCCCCGGGGGCCCCCUGCAGCACGAGGACUCUGGGGAGGCAGCCCGGCCUGCGUCGCCGUCGCAGUCAGGGGCCCCGGGGCCCCGGGCAUUCCGUAGGCAGCCCUCUGCUCGCUCGCGGGGGGCCCCCCCUAAAGAGGCUGAGGCCGCAGCCUCCAGGACCCCCACAGCCGCCGGGUCCCCACAAGAUGCCACUUCGGAGAAAGAUGGCCAGUGGGGCCCCAGGGAUACCCCGCAGGAGACGCGGGAGGGCACCACUGAUGCUGCUGCUGCUUCUAAAGAAGACGGAGAAGCCACAGAAGAGCCUCCCGAGCCCAGAGCCGUUCGCUCGCUGCUCUCCGACGAAGACAGAAAUGCAGAACGGCAGCCACGCGAGCCUCCAGAAAAGGCCGACACGAAAUCCCUCACUGGGGUAAUGGCCAUCUCGAAGCCGCCUUCGAAAGAAAGUUCUUUCCAAAGACUCCGAAAACGGCUGAGCCGCACCUUUUCCCCCAAGGAGGAACGCGCAGCUUCCAAAUUGUCCAGCGGACUUGGAAGGACUCUGAGGUCUCAGAACUCCUGCGUGAAGUGCGAAGCCCUUGCAGAGGAAAGGGCGGCGCUGCGCGCAGAACUCAAGGCCGCCCAGGCCCGCUGCGAACAACUCAAUUUGGAGAUCCUGCAAGUCACUGAAAAGAAGCGCCUGCUCAUAGAAAAGGUGGUAGACGACCACCUCAAGGCCGAGCGAGCUCGGCUGUUCUACCAGGGGCGGCGGAAAGGCCUGGAAAUGCGCGUUGCUGCUUUGGUGGACAAGGUCUUCGAAAUGGAGAAGGCUGCGCCAACGCUAAGUUGGCCCCCCCGCCGCGCCCGUGCCCCGGCGGAGUCCUUCGCCUUUCCUCACGGCGCAGAGGAGGCAGCGGAAGAGCACAGACGCCGCGACACGCAGUUGAUUCCGCCUUACGUCUUUGUCGAGCUUCCUGAGUCCCCGGAUAUGUCGGGAGAUGAACAACCUCCGAGGCGACGGACAGUCUUGGUGCCUGUGCACUUGUUUGACGAAGAAGCAAUGCAAAAGGCGGCGCAGCGCUCUGAGGCAGCUGCCACCAGGCGGCCCACAGUUGCACUGCCGCGGUACGUAUUCGACGAAGACGCCAUGCUGAAGUCUCAGAAGAGGGCAGACACAGACGGGAGGAGGCAGACUGUGGCUGUUCCUGCUUACUUGUUUGACGAAGCUGCUGCUGAGAGGGCAAGGCAGAGGAAAGUUGCAGCUGCAUCACCUCGCCGCCCCACAACUGUUCUGCCCGCCCACGUAUUUGAUGAAGAGGCUCUCCGCAAGGCCCAGGCCAGGGCGGAAAACACUGAGAGAAGACCCACCGUGCCGGUUCCCGCGUAUCUGUUCAAAGAGCCCAAGGGGGAGAACCGCAGGCCCAGCACCUUCAUUCUGCCCGCAGACCUUUUUGCGGAGGGCCAGCAAGAGCCCUCCGCACCCCCCACUUCGCCACCGGCUCAAGAGACUAGCCGCCAGUCCUCUCUCUUUCCUUAUAGUUUGUUCAGCAGCCUCAGCAGGCAAAGUCGGGACCAGGAGCAGAAGCAAGAAAGCGAUGCUUCCGGCCCAGCGUCGCGAGGACCCUCGGUUGAUGACUCGCAACAUGAAUCGCGCAAAGUCUCACCUGUGGAAGUCCCCGAGUCGGAGCCCGAAGAGGCCGCCGAGUCCCCAGAACCUCCUCAAGGGACUCGUGUCCGUCCUCUGUCUCAGCCGUCUUCGCGGGAGAGCAGCAGCUCCUCGCAAAGUGCUUCGCCCUCUGAGUCCACAGCCAAAGAACCAGAGCAAGCGGCGCCGACCAAGCAAGAAAGAAGGGGUGCUGAUUCAGCAGCACAAAUUAGGUGUGCUUGUUUUGUUGCUUGUGCGCACGUGUGCUCAUGUGCAACUGCGGGGUGCAUGCACGCAUGUGAAUAUAUUUGUGCCGUUGCUUUUGCUGUUUGCCAGGCGCUGGGGCACGUGGAGGGAAAACGCCGAUACAAAAUGCGGAGUCAUUUAUAA